CGUCGCCGCGUCGCUCCGACGUCUGACGCACUUCCUGUUUGUUGUUGGAGAAACGGAGAGAAAGGAAAGCGCGAGGUAUCGCCGCCGCCGCCACCACCACCACCACCAGCAGCGUCGGAGCCGAGAGGAGACCACGGGCCUUGCCGCCCAGCCCCUCCUCCUCCCCGCCGCCAGCUGCCAACCCCCUUCGGAGAUCACUGAAGGUGGUUCAGGGGAGCAAUAUUAAGGCUGUAAAGGACUUGUUCCAACAAACUAUUAAAACAUGGUGGAUUACUAUGAAGUUCUAGGUGUGCAGAGACAUGCCUCACCCGAGGAUAUUAAAAAGGCGUAUCGUAAAUUGGCACUAAAGUGGCACCCGGAUAAAAAUCCUGAAAAUAAAGAAGAAGCAGAAAGGAGAUUCAAACAAGUAGCUGAGGCAUAUGAGGUGUUAUCAGAUGCCAAAAAACGGGACAUCUAUGACAAACAUGGAAAAGAAGGACUAAAUGGUGGAGUUGGAGGAGGUGGAAGUCAUUUUGAUAACCCAUUUGAAUAUGGAUUCACAUUCCGGAACCCAGAUGAUGUCUUCAGGGAAUUUUUUGGUGGAAGGGACCCGUUUUCAUUUGACUUCUUUGAAGAUCCAUUUGAGGACUUUUUUGGAAAUCGAAGAGGGACUCGUGGAAACAGAAGCAGAGGUGCAGGACCCUUUUUCUCUGCAUUUAGUGGAUUUCCAGGUUUUGGAAGUGGACUUUCUUCAUUUGAUACAGGAUUUACAUCAUUUGGUUCAGUGGGGCAUGGAGGCCUUACUUCGUUCUCUUCUACGUCUUUUGGUGGUAGUGGGAUGGGUAACUUCAAAUCCAUAUCAACUACGACUAAAAUAGUAAAUGGCAGAAAAAUCACUACAAAGAGAACUGUUGAGAAUGGUCAAGAAAGAGUAGAAGUUGAAGAAGAUGGCCAGUUAAAGUCCUUAACAAUAAAUGGUGUAGAAGACGCCAAUGCCUUUGCAGAGGAGUGCAGCCGCAGAGGACAGAACGCCCUGCCUUUCCAGUCCAGCGCCCGUUCUCAGAAGAUAAACCGACCUGCUCCCCCCAAACCUGUGCCUCAAAAUAUUUCUGAGGAGGAGGAGCAAGAUAAACCUCGAGUCAGCAGCAGCAGCUGGGAGUCCCCCAUAUUCUUUGCAGGACACAAAGAAGGUGGCAAGAGGAAGAAACAGAAACAGAGAGAAGAGCAGAAGAAGAAGAAGUCGACCAAAGGGAACCAUUAAAACGGACUUGUCAGACGCACCAGUACCUUUUCACCAUAUGAUCCUAUACCAUUUGAACACAUCUCUGUGCGUGUGUGUAUUGUUUUGGUUGUACACAUUGUUAGGCAGAAGACAGCUCGUGUUUUAAUAUUGUACUAAAAUUGCACUAUCACAGUUUCUCGUGAGACUUCGGACAUUUUAAUAACGGGUUGUCAGGUUAGGCAGGUGAGAAGACUGCCAGGCUAGGGAUUGGUGGUUUGGUGAUGUGUGUUGUGUUGGCGAUUUGGAAGAUCGUAGAUGUUUUUACCUUGUGUCCUUUCCCCACGGGGGCUAAGUGCCACUCUAGCGAGGGUUUUCCUCUGGGUCCUUCUGUUAAACCUCCGUCUCACUCUUUUCAUCCAUACAACCCUCAUACAGACUGCUACAACAGAACCCUGCAAGCCCGAGCCCUAACGAACCUAACUGGGGGCAGGGAUGAGCUCUUGAAGGAUCUGCCAAGUGACCCUUUUUCCCUAAUGGAGGUAGAACGUGUACUACUUAGCAAGCAAGAUAAUUAAAGAUGGCAUAAUUUAAGAAAACUGUAAUACUGUGAGUUAGAUAUUGAACCAUGAAGAAGGUACUUUCUCUUAGGUAGAAGAUAACCAGGCCAGGGCCUGAAUGUUUCUAGGCCUCUGGCUUUGUCUCAUCAUAGGUACUGCCAGGUGACCAGUGAAUCACUCCAAAGGUGAAAUCAUUCAUUCCUUACAUUCAUUAUGACCUUAGUCCCCAAACUCUCCAGACUGUCCAAAUUCUGCUUUAAAAUUCUGAGGGUUUUUUUUGGGAGGGGCGGGGGUUGUGAUGCAGAAUCUCCUCUUUAUUUUAUUUAUGAGAUUCUUUUUCAGUGGAUAUACAGGAUUCUGCCCCAAUAAUUCUUGUUCCACAGUGAUAUUGACUCUUCUCAUGUAGGGUCAUGAUGAGGGGAAGGAAUAAGCUAGAUUAAAGCGACAUCUGCUAUCCUGAGUGAAUGGACUGAGCUGACUUUCAGUUUGUAAACAUUCUCUUCAUUAAAAAAAAAAGAUCAUUUCUUUUGAAUCUGGCAGAGCCCCCUAUAAUUACUUCAUUUGCAUGACCUUAUCGCUCCUUAACCUUUUUUUUUUCUUUGAGCGCUGACUAGAAUCUUUGUAUUGCCUUAACUUGAUUCCUUGCAUGUUCCUUGGCAGUGAAUUCCUCUCUCCCUCUUAACACCAGGGCCUCUGGGUCACACUGGUUUGUUCUUUUGUGUCUUCAAGAUGUAGUCAUUGUGAAAUCUUUGAUGUGACUGGGGAAAAUAAAAAGCCGGCAGCUUCUACCUAGCACUGUUGAAGGCUGAGCUCUCCUUGGUAAAAUGCAGCGUGUCAGUAUGCUGUAACAACAUACUGAGCUUUGGAAGCCAGAAUACAAAUGUAGCCGCUGCUUGUAUGAAAUGAUUGUUAAAAUCGUGUUUUAAGGGCCUUUUAUCAGAGGUGGGGGGAGGGGGAGGGAAAGAGGGUAGAUUAAUUUAGAACCCUGGGGUGACUUAGUAUUUAUGCUUAUCAUGAAAACUGUAACCUUAAUAAACAUUAAGAUUCUUCAUAUGCAGGAUAUUUUAGGUACUACAUAUGUGAAACAUUAAGAUUUAGCAUAGCCCUUCUGUCGGUCACUUGAUAAGUACCACUAAAUUGUUUGUGCUGUGUUACUAAUAUUUAAAAAUAAAAGCAAUUCUCUUCA